AUGAGUGCCAUACAAAUUCUAGAUCUUUCUAAUAAUAGUUUGAGUGGUAAAAUUCCAACAUGCAUGGGAAGCUUUAGCAAUCUUCAUGUGUUAGAUUUGCAGAAAAAUAAGCUUUAUGGCACCAUUCCAGGGAAAUUUGCAAAGGGCAGUCCUUUGAGGACCCUUAACUUCAAUGAGAAUGAAUUGGAAGGGCCAAUCCCACGAUGUUUGGUCAAUUGUACAAUGCUUCAAGUUCUAGAUGUUGGUAACAACAAGGUAAAUGAUAGCUUCCCAUGUUGGCUAGAAACUCUUCCUGAAUUGCAAGUUCUUGUCCUUCAUUCAAAUCAAUUUUACAGCUCUGUGUGGGUUUGCUCAAAGACGAAGCAUUGUUUUCCUAAGUUAAAAGUAUUUGACCUCUCAAACAACAGAUUUGGUGGUCCAUUGCCAGCCUGGUAUUUUGAAAAUCUUAACGCCAUGAAGGAUGUUAGUGAAGCUGGGACAGAGUUGCAAUAUAUGGGUGAAGGUUUUCAUCAAGAUUCCAUUACAGUGACAAUGAAAGGGUUUGAGUUUGAGCUAGUGAGAAUUAUUACUGCUUUCACUGCCAUUGAUUUUUCAAAUAAUUACUUUUAUGGAGAGAUUCCAAAAGUAAUUGGAGAGCUUGAUUCACUUCUAUACCUCAAUCUUUCUUUUAACAAAGUAUCAAGUUGUAUCCCAUCAUCACUUGGAAAUUUGAGUGUCCUUGAAUCAUUAGAUCUUUCUUCAAACAAGCUUGUCGGAAAAAUUCCAUGGCAGUUGACAAAUUUAGAUUUUCUUGGAGUGCUAAACUUGUCUGAAAACCAACUCAUGGGGCCCAUUCCAAGAGCACCCCACUUUGAUACCUUUGGAAAUACUUCAUACUUGGGAAACUUGGGAUUGUGUAGAUUUCCAUUGUCAAAAGAAUGCAGAAGUGAUGAGACACUACAACCACCCUCAAAAUUAGAAGAUGAUGCAAAGUCUUCAAUUGGAUUCGGUUGGAAAGUGGUGUUGAUAGGCUACGGAUGUGGAAUGGUUUUUGGAUUGAUCAUGGGAUAUCUUGUAUUUUCAACAGGAAAGCCUCAGUGGCUUAUAAGGAUAGUUGAGGGAGAACACCGUAAAAAGGGGAGAAGGCCAAACAAGAAACGUGGGGGUAGAAGAGGUUAG